AGGCAGUUAGAACUUAGAAGUAAACAUUCAAGAACUGUAGUACUACAAGUCUGCAACGACGAAUCCUCAUUAGCAGCUUUUUAUUCGAUUUGCCAAUCAUAGUAACCACAAGAAAUGGUCAAAACUAGGCUGUCUGUCUCUGAUAUAAUCUCUCUCUAAUAUUAAUUAUUAAUUAAUAUAUGAAAAAUCCUUCCUCGAAUCAAGGUCACGGUGGAUUCUACUGCAGGAGUGGCCUUCACGAUCUCGCCACCUAUCUCUCUUUAUCUCUAAAACAUUGUUGUUGAUGCAUAGUUUCGGAUCACCACAGGACCAUUUCCAUUUUUUCUGUGUUUGAACUUUCCAAAACAAACAAACCCCAUUUUCUCUUUCUUUUCUAUUCUCCCUCUCUAUCUAUGAGUGUGCCCUUUUUCUUAGUGUCUUUUCUUCUUUGAAGGGUGUUCCUUUGUGGGUUUUUCUUGGUUUUGUCUUCUAUUCACCUCUCUAAGAUUCUUUGACUCUUUUUUUUUUCCUAAUUUAAUAUUAUAUAUAUCUGGGUUUUCUCAUAUUUAUUGGUUUUUGGAUUUUGGCUUCUUUCUUUUUGCCUUUUUUUGGGUUUUUAUUUCCUUUUGUUAUCUCAAAGAGUUGUUAGUUACCGUUAUUGAGUGGGAUAUAUAUAAACAUAUACGGUGUUUUGUAUGGGAUUUUGAUGUCCUUGGCUGUUGGUGUGGAAUCAAAUUCGAAAAUCAUGGGUUUGGAUGAGAAAGGCAAUGAGGAAGUUUCAGAAACGAAAACAACAGAGGAAGCACCUGCAGGUGGGGAAGAAGUUCCAGUUGAUGAAUCUAAAACUGGCAUGAAUAGAAACAUGAGUGAAACCACUAUUUAUGCAACUGAUCAGGAGGAAGAAGAUGAUGAGGACAGGAAGAUUGAGUUGGGUCCUCAGUGCAGUCUCAAAGAACAACUUGAAAAAGAUAAGGAUGAUGAGAGCUUGAGGAGGUGGAAGGAACAGCUUCUUGGAAGUGUGGAUUUUAAUGCUGUUGGAGAAACUCUAGAUCCUGAAGUUAAGAUCCUGAGCCUUGCCAUCAAAUCCCCUGGUAGACCUGAUAUUGUUCUUUCUGUGCCUGAGAAUGGAACUCCGAAAGGCGUAUGGUUCACCUUAAAAGAAGGCAGCCGAUAUAGCCUGCAAUUCACUUUUAAGGUUGGAAACAACAUUGUGUCUGGCCUCAAGUACACCAACACAGUUUGGAAAACUGGUGUCAAGGUGGAUAGCACCAAGGAAAUGCUCGGAACUUUUAGUCCUCAGGCAGAGACUUACACACAUGAGAUGGCUGAGGAUACUACUCCAUCUGGUAUGUUUGCUAGAGGAUCAUACACAGCUAAAAGUAAGUUUGUUGAUGAUGACAACAAGUGCUACCUGGAGAUCAACUACACAUUUGAUAUCAAAAAAGAGUGGCUGACCACUUAAUUCUUGAGAUUGUUCUUUCUUUUUUCUCCUUCAGAUGUCAUUGUUGCGACUGGAGUCAGUUGUUUUCCCAGUUUAAAUAUGAUUUGGAUGUUAAGAAAUCUUGUUUUUGUUAUCUCAUUUAUGAAUCCUGUCUGAGACUGGUCUUCUCAACAAUGAAGGGAGGAUUAAAAACUAAAAUGUUCAACUAGAUGUUCAUUUGGUAGAUGUGGUUAAUAAAAGUUUUUUUCUUUUACA